AUGCCUGAUGAAGUUCCGUUCCUAUGGUCUCACCGGAAGAUUAAGGAUUUCCAUAGAAAUGAGAUCAUGUCAAUGGAAGCUGCUGGAAUCCGUAAGCAUGUCAUAAGAGAUGUUCUUCAAUGCAGAUAUGGAGGAUAUGACAAAGUUGGCAUUGUUACUAAGGAUAUUUACAACUAUUGUUCCAAGAACAAGAGGUCAAGAAUCGCAGAAGGUGAUGCAAGGACAAUUCUAGGUUUGCUGCUGAAGAGGAGGAACACUGAUCCAGAUUUUUACUUUGAUUAUAAAGUAGAUGAUGACAGUCCUCUUAUGAGCUUAUUUUGGUGCGAUACUCAAUCUCGUAUGGACUACCAAUCAUUUGGUGACGUGGUCGUCUUUGACAGCACUUAUCGGAUGAAUAGGUAUAAGAUGCCAUUUGUCCCAUUUGUUGGGCUGAACCAUCACCGCAACACAACUGUUUUUGGUUGUGGCAUCAUUUGUGAUGAGCGGGCUGAUUCGUAUGUAUGGGUUCUCCAAGCAUUUCUGAAAGCAAUGUGUCAGAAGAAACCACAAUCAGUAACUACUGAUGGCGAUUACUCCAUGAUUAAAGCUAUUCGGCAAGUGCUUCCUGGUGUAAGUCAUCACAUUUGUUCAUGGCACAUGGAGAAAAAUAUUCUGAAGCAUUUGCAUAGCAACUGCUUGGAUGGGUUCCGCACACUUUUGUAUUAUGCUAGUUCAGAAACAUUUGAAGCCAGAUGGAAUGCCUUUCUUUCGGGGUACGAGACUGGAACAAAUAGAGAGUGGCUUGCAAUGAUGUACAAAAAUAGAAAACUAUGGGCUGCUGCUUUUCAAAGGGACAAGUUUUUCCUAGGUAUGAGAAGUAAUCAGAGAAGUGAAAGUCUCAAUUCUAGUCUUCAUAGGCACCUGGACAUAUAUAUGUCAUUACUUGACUUGGUUAAGCACUAUGACAACUGCGUAUCGCGCCUUCGUGAAACUGAGGUUGAAUUUGAUUGCCGAUCUUCACAGUCGAAGGCACUUCAGUGCCUUUAA